AUGCAGCCUGAGUAUGUGGUCGAGGUAAACGGGCAUGUGCGAGAGCGUACCCACGUGAAAUACUGCAUCGUCACAACUGCGGCAGACGGCAGGCAGUGGCAAGUUUACCGACGCUUCCGGGACCUUCUUGAGCUCCACACUCUGCUGAGAUCAACGCUCGGUGACUCUCGAGCUCAGCUGCCCACAAGGCGUGCCUACGGCUUUGGAAAGCUGAUUUUCGGGCAGGAACAAGACGUGGACUUCAUUCUUGAGCGCCAGCACGCGCUUCAGACCUACUUGAACUCGACGCUUGCAGUUGACACCUCCUUGUCCUCGGGAGUGCGACUUUUUUUGGGUUUACCUGCACUGCCGGAUUACUUGAGCCUGGAGCCUGAGCUUUGCUUGCCCUCCGAUGUGGGGAAGUGGAAGACCCGCAGCAAGUUCGACUUGAGGCUUUUGCGCACGCUCGUCAGCUCGAAGUUGUCGACGGAGCGCAAGGCUCACCUGGUGGACGUGCCGCUCUCUGUCGUGGAGCUUCAUGAUGUUGCACAGACCGUUUCGCACAUGGCCGGUACCGCCGUGACGUGCAUCUUCCGGGCAGCCUCUCGAGCUGUUGCUGAGAGCGUGCGACGGUCUCUACCUGGCUUACUUGCCAGCACGGCGCGGAUAUAUGUUUUAUGUUCUUGGCAGGGGCGCCCACCUGCUCUUUCUCUUUUCCAUCCGCGCACACGAACCUUCGAUGACGUUACGGCUCCUUUGUCUCCCUACUCUGCGGUGGCCUCGCGCAGGGGGGACCUGUUCGUGCUCACAGCCGAGGAUCAUGUCGGAAACAGUGGAACCUCAUGGUCCAAGCCGCGAUUUCUGCGCUUCGAUGCGAUGCGGCAUCAGUGGCACCCGCUUCCUCCGCGCCCUGGCGAAAGCACCACGCGUUUUGCUCUGGCAGCAGCAGGCUCUGGAAUCUACGCUGUCGGCGGAAUGAGCCGCCGCGGGGUGGUCGGCUCAGUGCACCGUUUCGACCUGGGCACUGGCACUUGGGAGGCACUUCCACCGAUGGCCUGCCCACGCUGUGACAUUGCCACUGCGGUCUGCAGGGGCGAGGUUAUCGUGAUUGGUGGCACCGAAACGAGUGGUGAGGCGAGCAGCAAGGUGGAGUGCCUCAGUGUCGAGGCUUGCCGAUGGAGAUCUGCACCUCCGCUGCUUGGACCACGACACUCGGCAAGUGCAGCAUCUCUGGGUGCUGAUCUCUUCGUCUUCGGCGGUGGCGCGGUGGCAAGGGACCACCUCUUGGCGGAUGCGGUGUCACCCCCUGCGGCUGAGCGCUUCGCUGAGGGUUGCUGGCAAGCUUUGGAAAUCACUGCGCUGCGACGGCACGGCUGCGGCGCCGCCGCUGCUGCUGGGCAGGUGUUCGUCUUCGGUGGCUAUUCUUCUGAUUUCGCGGAUGUAGACCGCUGGGACUCAGAAGCAAAGCAGUGGGACAUCCUUCCACUGCCUGCCAGACUCAGAGGGGUCUGUGCGGCUGCAACAGCUGUGUCUUAA